CAGUGUUUUUUAGAGUAUUUUAUAAUUUUUCUGUGCUUUAAUUUUGUAAACUGAUAAUUAUUAUUGUAUACCGAAGUUAAAAACAUUCAAAUUCCAUAGCUGUUAUAUAGUGCAUAUGAAAUGAUUACAGUGAAGUUUCGUUUGAACUUAUGUGAUUGUGAUGCACGAAAAAUGAAGAUGAUCUCAUUGGUGCGCUGACAUUAUUUAUGUUUUUUUUCGGCAAAAUCUUGGUUUUAUUGGUAGAGGAAGUCCAAUGACCCUCUAAAUAGCUACUGAAUAGAAGAAAAAGCUAAGAAAAUGAAGAAACAAUUUUACAGGGUGAAGCAACUUGCCGACCAAACCUUUUCAAGGUCUGGAAAAGGUGAGGCUUUGACUGACGAGCUUCAAACUGCUGAUCGUAAAGUGGAACACCUCAGAAAUGCCCUCCAAUUAGUUAGUAAAAGGUUAUCAACCGGUGCUGGUAACACUCAGGGUCAGGACCCAGCAGCUAGGGAGAAAAGGCUUAAGAAGCUUCCCGAAUAUCUGUUGGGCCUGUCAAUGUGUGAAGCAAGUAAUUUUGAUGAUGAUGAUAGUAUACUGAAAUAUAUCUUAUUUGAAUGUGGUAAAACAGAAAAAUUCCUUGCAAACGAAAUAGCAGAGCAUGAGUUAAAAGUGGAACAGCUAGUUUGUGCUCCUCUCACAGCCAUUGGCGACCAGGACCUACCCGCAAUAAUGAAAGCUAAGAAACAAUUGAGUAGGCUAAUAAGUGAGAAAGAAUCUGCUGCUAGUCGAUACAAUCAUUUGGAGCGCCAAAAAGAGGAGAACCCUACAAAGUUGACUGCUGCCCGCGAAGAGUUGGAGGAGGCUGGUAAUAAGGUGGAGGCAGCACGGGAUGCUCUGGCUGCGGAUAUGUUUGCACUGGUCGCUAAGGAGGCGCAGUUGGCACACACUCUGCUGCAGUAUGUGAAACUACAGCGGGCUUACCACGAGUCAGCAUUACAUUCACUGCAAGAUACUGUACCGGAGCUCGAGAGAUUUAUCAAUGACAGUUCAGUGAAGCCUGUAUUUGGAUAUCCUCUGGAGGAACACCUGCGUGUAACGGGACGUACUAUCGCAUUUCCUAUAGAGCUGUGCGUGUGUACGUUACACGAGCUGGCCUUGAGCGAGGAAGGGCUUUUCAGAAUUGCUGGAGGUACUUCAAAGGUCCGGAGAAUGAAACUGUCGCUGGACGCGGGUUUGUUCAACGUUCCAUUGCCUCCGGACUAUAGGGACAUGCACGUGGUUUCUUCUGUCCUCAAGUCUUAUCUUAGAGAGCUCCCCGAACCUCUACUUACGUAUAGGCUCUACGAGAACUUCAUUUUAGCAUCCCGACAACCGACGGAACAGGCUCGACUCAACGCUCUCUGGGAAGGAGUGCAUCUCCUGCCGGAUGCAAACUUUCAAAAUUUGAGAUAUCUUAUAAAAUUUUUGUCUGCCUUGACACAAAACCAAAGUACAAACAAGAUGACUCCUUCCAACUUGGCGAUAGUGAUUGCCCCGAACUUGCUGUGGGCGGCGGAUGAAAGCACCUUCGAUAUGAACAUCACAACUGCGGUCAACUGUGUCGUGGAACUCCUGAUCAAGCACGCGGACUGGUUCUUCAAAGACGAAUUGAACUUCUUCAUAUCUUUCACCAAAGAAGAUCUCCUACCUGAUCAUUGUGAAUAUGGCAUUAACCCGAACUUUGUGCACUACAACCAAACCGUAACACUGGGCCAAGAACAUUCCAAUGGAGACUACAGUAGUCUGACCAAGUCCAUGUUUGAUUACAACAACCAGAGCUCACAGAAGACCACCGUAGACGGACCAGGCCGGCAUUCGCGAAGCAAUAGUCAUGACACUAGUUUAAUAUUAUUAGAUAAUGAUAUGAAAAAAGCCCAAUCCAAUAGCUCGCUAUCAGACCAAUCUAGUCCACCACACGGUAGUCCGAAACCUAUCCUGAGAAGGAAAAACAAACCACUCGCGCCAGUACCACCUAACUUUACUCCAGAUAAAAACAAGAAAGUAGAAGCACAAACCCAAGUUAAUGAUAUCAAAGAACCGCCUGUUAGUUCAAAAGAUGCUGAAAAGCCGGCCAAACCUCCGAGACCUGUUAUAUCCGACACUGGAAAAAUUAUAACAGGUGUCCAAACAAUAAACAGAUCCACAUAUAGACAAAACAAAGCGUUAAAAGAAGAGGCUUCACGAGGUGGCAGUCGGGAGAACCUCGCUGACAGUAGACGGCAGAGCUUCGAGUUUGAGAAAGAAAAGUUUGAGAGUUUGAAGUCUUUCGACAACAGGAACGAUAAAGAGCCGACACUUGUUGUCAAAAACGUUACGGCGCAAACUGGUGUAGUUGGGAGAAUGAAGAUCGUCGGUGACAUAAGUGGCCCGAUGUCUUUAGGUGCUGAAAAAGAUAAACCGGCUAAAAUACAAAUACCGAAGCCGACGGGGCAGCCUCCGCCGAGGCCGGUGGCUGCACCCCGCACUAUUGUACCAGCGGUUGACGCAGACAAUGAUGUCCAACUUCGAAACAAACCAGCGGUCCCCGAGCGACCGGCGACGUUGCGUCCGCAAAGCUUCCGCGGACAAAGAGCUUCGUUGUCUGAUAAUCCGGACGUCACUCCCACGAUGCUAGAACGCACGCACAUGUACACCGUCGACAAACAACAUCCGACGGUGAUUCUAGUGGGAGGUCCGGACGAGGAGGGACCUAGAGCUACAGUACAGCGGACACACAGUUCGGGGGGGAAAGACGCGGAGUUAGAAGAGCCAAAGGGUCUGAGCAAUGCAAGUAGACAACUUUCGCAGUCAGAGGGGAGUAUCACAGACGGGCCGAUGUCCCCGAAGCCUCAGCCAUCGAGACCCCCCCGCCCGCUAGUCCCAGCGCCACCGCCCCCCGUCGCUCCACAACAGAAUGAGAGCACAGACCUCUAGUCCAGCAAUUAAUAUUCCACUAUGUUGAACAUUACAGUGUUACAGAUUCCGGUUAACGGAAUAUAUAUUUUUUAUAUCAUCUCUUAUUACACAGAAAGGGAUGAUAACCAGGCCUUAAAUAAAGGCUAAUUACUCAUAAGUAUAUAAUAUAGCUGUUGCUUGGAAUGUUCGUAAGACAAAGAGACUGACACCCUCUAUAUAUACAUUGAUCAUAUCGGCUUUCUUGAGACUUGAAAAAGUACAGUAAUAUAUUACUUUGCAAAGCACUAAUUUAUUUUUAUAAAGAAAUUGUUAUUCUUAAUCGUGGAGUUGUGAUAAAAUCAAUUAUUACAAUAAUUUUAAACUGAACCUAGGUUAAAAUCAGACAUGAUUCACUCGGCAUUGUAAUAUCCCCCAUGAGACAUAUCACUAUAAUCAAUUUUAAUUAUAUUCACAUUUUUACAGUUAUGUUUACUUAUUAUUUUGUAUUAUAGUUAUGUUUUGUGAUAUUAGAGAUUGAUUGCCCGUCUGCUAGUUCGGACACAGGCCGUGCACAAACAAUGUUGUAUUAUUUGUAGCCAUAUAUUUGAUAUUUUAACAUGCAAACGCAUUCGUUAUAUUGACCGUGCUGUUUCAGUGAAUAUUUAAUUUAGUCUCAUAUUAUGUUAUGUAGUAUUUACAAUGUCCUUUAUGUGAUAUGCAUUUUAUUAAUAUACUACAAGUAUACAAGCUUCUGUUGUAAGUCAAUAAAAACAAAAAAUUA